CAUUCACACCGAGAUCUGCGGACACAGGAGAUAUCUCAGCCUAACGCCGAUCAGACCAGCUCGUAUCCCGCAGCAGACCUGCUCAAUCCCGUUGCUUUUUCUUUUGUAAAUGAUACAGUAGUUAAAACAGGCAUUCAGAGAAAUCAGCAAAGUUAAAUACCAAGAAGAGAAGGAAGAAGAAUGGGGCAGAAAACGCCAUUAAUAUUAAUGACUUUAUUGUCUUAUUGCGUCUGGAGAGAUGAGGCUCUGGCCAUGACGGAGGUGAAUGGACCGGUUAGCGGUCCUCGUGUGGCAGAACCUCAGAUUUCCAUGUUUUGUGGUCGUCAGCUUCUACACAUGAACACUGAGAGCGGACACUGGGAACCAGAUCCUCAGGGGCGACAGGGAUGCUUCACCCAGCCCAGCAAGAUCCUGUCAUACUGCCAAGAGAUGUAUCCAGGACUGCAGAUCUCCCAUGUGGAAGAGGCCUCAUCUCCAGCCACCAUCCAGGGCUGGUGUAAGAAGGGCUUGGGUAAAUGUCAGACCCGCCCCUUCAUCGUUGUGCCCUACCGUUGUCUGGUGGGUGAGUAUGUCAGCGAUUCACUCUUGGUCCCGGAUCGCUGCCGUUUCUUACACCAGGAGCAGAUGGAUUCUUGCGAGAGCUACGUGUACUGGCACAACAUCGCCAAAGAGGCCUGCACAGCUGACAGUCUGGAGCUGCAUAGUUAUGGGAUGUUGUUGCCGUGUGGUGACCGUUUCCGCGGGGUGGAGUACGUCUGUUGCCCCGGCAGGGCAGGAUCGAGUGGACGGGGCGAGACGGAGACUGCGGACACUGUACAAGGAGAAACAACACCCCUCGUGUCCAUGGCUGGAGAAAAAGUUGUCACCAGUGUGAAAACGACGCCACCCACUCCCAGUCCCUCCCCUGAGACGGACAUCGAGGAAGACGACAUGGAGGAAGAAGAGGAAGAGGUAGUGGAGGAAGAAGCUGAGGAGGAAGAGGAUGAGGAGGAGGAGGAUGGGAAUGAAGAAGAGGCAGCUGAGGUAAAGGAAGCUGAGGAGGAGGAAGCCGCCACAACAGUAAAGGACCAAGAAGAGUAUGAGUAUCCCAUCGACUCUCAUUUCCAGGGCCAAGACUACAUGGACAACUUCUACUACGACAAGAACCUCCAGACUGCCAAAGCCUCCACCCAACCUCAAACUCGGAUGGACAACCUGCCCACUCCUCGUCCUACAGAUGGCGUGGAUGUUUACUUCGAGAUGCCGGGAGACGACAGUGAGCAUGCCAACUUCCUGCGUGCCAAGAUGGACCUGGAGGAACGGCGAAUGAAACGCAUCAAUGAGAUCAUGAAGGAGUGGGCAGAGGCAGAUAACCAGUCAAAGGACCUGCCUAAGUCAGACCGCCAGGCACUGAAUGAGCAUUUCCAGUCUGUUUUACAGACCCUUGAGGAGCAGGUAGCCGGCGAGAGGCAAAGACUGGUGGAGACACACCUGGCCCGUGUGGUUGCCACCCUGAAUAACAACCGUAGACUGGCUCUGGAGAGCUACCUGAGCGCUGUGCAGAGCGACCCUCCACAGCCAGACCGCGUGCUCCAGGCUCUGAAGCGCUAUAUGGCCGCAGAGCAGAAGGACCGACGACACACUCUUCGUCAUUACCAGCACAUCGAGUCUGCCGACCCCCAAAAGGCUGAGCAGAUGAAAUUCCAGGUGUACACACACCUGCAUGUGAUCGAAGAGAGGAUGAACCAAAGCCUGGCUCUGCUCUAUAAAGUCCCCGGCCUGGCUGAGAAACUUCACGACGAAAUCCAGGAGUUGGUGAGAACAGAGAGAGGGGACAUCAGCGAACUCAUGACCACUUCCUUUUCUGAGACGCGCACCACAGAAGAGCUGCUUCCUGCUGAGAGCGAGGAAGAGCGAGAUGAUGAGGAGGAAGAGGACAGAGCUUUCCAGAACCGCCCCUACCCGCCACGCAUCGACCCCCAGCCAAGCGAUAAGAAAGUUUCAUCAGUAGAUGAGUAUGACUACACCACCUCUGAGAGAGGACCAACUUAUGAAUACGAGGAGAAGAUCAACACCUCUGUAGAGCUGAAGCAGGUGGUCUACAAGUCUCCAGGAAUCCAGAGAGAUGAGCUGCAGCCGGACGUUUUGGAGACGUUUAACCGCGGGGCAAUGGUGGGGCUGCUGGUGGUUGCCGUGGCCAUCGCUAUGGUGAUGGUCAUCAGCUUGUUGCUAGUCCGCCGUAAGCCAUAUGGAACCAUCAGCCAUGGCAUAGUAGAGCAGGUCGACCCCAUGCUGACCCCCGAGGAAAGACAGCUCAAUAAGAUGCAGAAUCACGGCUAUGAAAACCCCACUUACAAAUUCUUCGAGCAAAUGAACUGAGGAGGGUUCUGCAGUCUCAAGGCCAUGCCCUCCCCUCUCGCCUCCCGUUUUUCGAUUGGGGUUUCCACUUCAACCCCCUCUCCCUCGUACUCUAUGUAUGUCUAUAUGACCGAUGUUCAAAAUGUACAACAAACCCGGCACGUAAAUAGGGAGUUUGUAGUAAAACGUUUGCAUACUACUCUCUCAUCAGGGAGAGAGAACACCAAUAAGAGAAUCCGCAGACCACCGAGAGCUCCUUUAUCCCCCGGUUUUUGCUUUCGUUCAUGAGGGUGUGGCCGUGCCGAGCAUGUUUCGGCGGUUAUAAAAUCUUGGAAUAGUGUCACACAUUCUUUCCGAAUGAAUUACGUGUUUCAAAGAAGCUAAACAUGUUCGACAUGAAUGGUUUGUUUUGUCAUUUCUAUUUUCAAAGCAGAGUUUAUUUCAUGGCGAAUCUGUGAUAUGAAUGAAAUAAUAUAUUUUUGAGUUCACUACAGAAACCCGGGAGGGAAAUCGAGACAUUUUGGCCCUCUAAGACAA